AUGCUCUCCCGCGCCGCCGCCCGCACGACGACCUCGCUCGUCUCCCGACGAGGCUUCCACGCCACCCGGGCUCGCAUGUCCUCGCCGUACCACUACCCCGAGGGCCCCUACACCAACAUCCCCUUCAACCCGCGCAGCAAGUACUUCGGUCUUGGCUUCUGGUCCUUCAUGGCCACGGGCUUCCUCGCCCCCUUCGGCAUUGCCGUCUACCAGACCUACAAGGAGCAGUAA